AUGCCAACCAGGAAAGUCUUGGAUGCCGCCGAUUCUGAUUCGGAAUACUCGGAACGCAUAGCGUUGAACUUGAUCUCAAAUUACGCGCACUCGUUGUCCAGCAUAGACAGACUCCUUCGCAUCCACGAGAAGAUCAUCGGUGCUCAGACAAUUGGGGUAACCCGGACAUACUAUCAAUGGCCGAAUUGGCAGCAAUCGCAACACUAA